CUCGAUACAAAAGAAAUAUGAGAACAAUGGUUGUAUUGAAUAUUCGUCACAUAAAAUUUUAAAUAAACGCCAAAUAAAUCCAGAAACCAUUAUUAUUGAUGCCACUGAUGUACCAGAGACUACCGAUACGAUACCAACUCUGACAAGGGUGAUAGAUAAUUCCCAAGCCACCAUAAUUCCCGAAUUUCCCACUACAUCAUCUUUUUUUACUGCGACUAUUUCAGCAUCACAUGCGAUUCCAACAUCUCCAACACCCUUUCUGGAUAACGUAGAUAAACUUGAACCAUGGAUUUUUGUCUUUUUGAUAAUUUUAAUAAUCAUCAUGUUUAUGUUAACUGUUUGUCUUUGUCGUGAUAAGAAUAAUAAUAUUCCUGAAGAUGGCACGAAUAUCACCCAAAAUUCACGAGAAGUUAGAAUGCCAUCAAAAUCAUCAUCAGAAAAAUUAUCAGCAAAAUCAUUUGAAAAAUUAUUUGAAAGAUCAUUUGAAAAAUUAUCUAAAAAAUCAUUUGAAAAAUCAUCUGAAAGAUCAUUUAAAGGCACUAUUAAUAAAAUAAUGCCCGAAGAAAUUGAUAAGAGAAUAAGUCGAAGCACAUUUGAAGAAGAUUUAGUACUACGUCCCCCAUUAGCACGUACUCCAACUACAGUUUCUGCCUUCAUGGAAAUGGUUGAUAAUGUUGAUAAUGUUGUUAAUUAA